UCCGAUACCGUCUCCGCAUCAAGGACAAUUCGGGCAAUAAUCCGAGAACUUGUGUCCGCCGCCAACAGCCGCCCCUCCAAGUCCACUACACUCGCGCUUGCAUCUGCAAUACAUUUCACUCCUUUGGUGUCUUCGUUCCUGUUCCGCGACCACAUACCUUUCUGAAUACUUUUAUACAACGUUCAAAAUGAUCUCUUGCUGAGAGAAACCCUACCCGGACGAAGCCCUCGGCUUCCCUUUCGCGCGUCAUACCUAUAUCCUCAACAGCACAUUUAACUCCCAUAUCCUUGAAAUCCCCCUAGCCCGAAUCGCAUACAAUGGCUCUCCAAAGUCUGUCAAGAGCGGCGCGCAUUAUCCUGGUUGGCGCACCAGGCGUGGGAAAAGGCACCCAGACCGAGCGUCUGAUGAAGCAGUUCCCAGAACUCUCUUCAAUCAGUUCAGGCGACUUGCUCAGGAAGAAUGUCAGGGAGCGAACCCCGCUGGGCAUCCAGGCCGAAUCUAAGAUGAAGGCCGGCGCAUUGGUCCCGGACAGCAUGAUUCUGCGACUCAUUGUCAAUGAGCUCUCGACCCGUGGGUGGAUUAGGGAUAGCACACUGCGGCCGUACGCUGUUUACUCGAGCUCAAUAGCCGCGGAGGACCACACAGUUGACUCGGUGUCGAUUCCUUCUGCGAUCAAGACAGCAAAGUACACAUACUCGGACCACCCUGAGGCUUCGUUCAUCCUGGACGGCUUCCCUCGCACGGCGAACCAGGCAGUCCAGCUGAACGAGAUUGUGCCCAUCAACAUGGUUGUUAGCAUCAAUACGCCCAGUGAGAUCAUCAUCGAUCGCAUUUGCAAUCGCUGGGUGCACGCACCUUCAGGGCGUGUCUACAACACUACCUUCAAUGCGCCAAAGGUCGAAGGCAUGGACGACAUCACAGGCGACCCGCUCACACGGCGAGCUGAUGACGACCCUGAAGUGUGGAAGCAGCGACUCCAGAGCUUCAAGGAGAACAACGAGCCGCUGCUCGAGCACUACGACAAGGCAGGCAUUCUGUGGACUGUGAAUGGCAACAGCAGUGACGAGAUCACCCCUCAGAUUUUCAAGGAGUUCGGCAAGCGAUUUGGCGUACCUGUUCCUGAAGUUGUAGGAGGCUUGUGAAUGUGUUAUAUACCAUUUCUGUUUGCUUUUGGUGGACAACGAAUGUCUGGAAACGGUAUGGCAACGGUAUCGGCGGUCUUUUGCAUGUUUGGCUGUUGUAUGAUUGGGCAGGCACGACUCUCAUUCACUGUACAUAUUGGCCGCUACUGGCGCGCAGAGGUCAAAGUUCCCCGUAGACGCUCAUAAAGCGCUUGCACGAGCAUUUUCCAUCAGUUUGAUAAUCCCCUCGCUGAAUGUUCAGUAUGAAGGUCGAUCAACAAGACGUUG